AUGUUUUCUUCUACCACCUUCCUUUCUCUGUUGUUCUUUAAUUUUCUUCUUGUUUUGCUCCUAUGUUUCUAUCAAGUGAACUCAUCUUCUACACCCACCAAAAUUGGCCAAGGCUACCGUCUCAUUUCUAUCCAAGAGACCCCUGAUGGAGGCAUUGUUGGCCACCUCCAAGUCAAGCAAAAGAACAAUAUCUACGGUCCUGACAUCCCCCUCUUGCAGCUAUAUGUCAAGCAUGAAACGCAAGAUCGUUUGAGGGUCCAUAUCACUGAUGCAGAGAAGCAGAGAUGGGAAGUGCCAUACAAUCUCUUACCAAGAGAGCAAGCGCCAGCAUUGAAGCAAACAAUAGGGAGAUCAAGAAAGAACCCAAUAACUGUUCAAGAAUACUCAGGCUCUGAGCUAAUUUUUUGCUACACAGUGGACCCUUUCAGUUUUGCAGUGAAGAGAAAAUCAAAUGGGCAGACCCUUUUCAAUUCAAGCUCUGAUGGGUCAGACUCAUUUGGUGAAAUGGUGUUUAAAGAUCAGUACUUGGAGAUAUCCACACAGCUGCCAAAAGAUGCUUCAUUGUAUGGUUUCGGAGAGAACACACAGCCACAUGGUAUUAAGCUGUACCCUGGAGAUCCAUACACUUUGUAUACAACUGAUAUCUCAGCCAUUAAUCUUAAUGUUGAUUUGUAUGGGUCUCAUCCGGUGUACAUGGAUCUUAGGAAUGUGAAGGGGCAAGCUUAUGCUCAUGCUGUUCUGUUGUUGAAUAGUAAUGGCAUGGAUGUCUUCUACAGAGGGGCUUCUUUGACAUACAAGAUUAUUGGAGGUGUUUUUGACUUCUACUUCUUUUCCGGACCCACUCCUCUUGCUGUCGUUGAUCAGUAUACAUCUUUGAUUGGCAGACCAGCUCCGAUGCCUUACUGGGCUUUCGGGUUCCACCAAUGCAGAUGGGGUUAUCAUAACCUGUCUGUGGUUGAAGAUGUUGUCGAGAACUACAAAAAGGCUCAGAUCCCACUUGACGUCAUCUGGAAUGAUGAUGAUCACAUGGAUGGCCACAAGGACUUUACCCUCAACCCCGUGAGCUAUCCUCGUCCAAAGCUUCUGGCAUUCCUAGAAAAAAUACACAGCAUUGGCAUGAAGUAUAUUGUCAUUAUUGAUCCCGGAAUUGGUGUUAAUUCCAGUUAUGGUGUAUACCAAAGAGGCAUUGCCAACGAUGUGUUUAUCAAGUAUGAGGGUGAGCCCUACCUAGCUCAAGUUUGGCCAGGAGCUGUCAACUUUCCUGACUUUCUCAGUCCAAAAACUGUCGAUUGGUGGGUUGAUGAAAUUCGUCGAUUCCAUGAACUCGUCCCUGUUGAUGGUCUUUGGAUUGACAUGAAUGAAGCUUCAAAUUUUUGUUCUGGACUAUGCAAAAUCCCAAAGGGCAAGCGGUGUCCAAGUGUAACUGGACCUGGUUGGGAGUGCUGCUUGGAUUGCAAAAACAUAACAAAAACAAGAUGGGAUGAUCCGCCUUACAAGAUAAAUGCUUCAGGAUUGCAGGCUCCGGUAGGGUUCAAGACCAUAGCAACCAGUGCAGUUCACUACAAUGGUGUUUUGGAGUAUGAUGCUCAUAGCAUCUAUGGAUUCUCUCAAUCCAUUGCUACCCACAAGGCCCUUCAAGGACUUGAAGGCAAGAGGCCAUUUAUAUUAUCACGCUCCACUUAUGUUGGAUCAGGCAAAUAUGCUGCUCACUGGACCGGUGAUAAUAAAGGCACUUGGGAGGAUUUGAAAUAUUCUAUUUCUACUAUGAUAAAUUUUGGUAUUUUUGGGGUACCAAUGGUUGGUUCAGAUAUAUGUGGAUUUUAUCCUGCACCCACAGAAGAGCUUUGCAACAGGUGGAUAGAGGUGGGCGCUUUCUAUCCCUUCUCAAGGGAUCAUGCGAACUACUAUUCCCCAAGGCAGGAGCUUUAUCAAUGGGAUUCAGUAGCCAUGUCCGCUAGAAAUGCACUUGGUAUGAGGUACAAGAUUCUUCCAUAUCUGUACACACUGAACUAUGAGGCUCAUACCACUGGAGCCCCAAUUGCCAGACCACUUUUCUUCGCAUUUCCAGAUUACACUGAAUGUUAUGGGUUGAGCACUCAGUUCUUGCUUGGAAGUAGCCUCAUGAUAUCUCCAGUGCUUGAGCAAGGAAAAUCACAGGUUAAAGCACUCUUUCCUCCUGGUAGUUGGUACAGCAUGUUUGAUAUGACACAGACCAUCACAUCAGGAGGGGGCAGCGCUAGUGAUGGAAAAGCUGCAGGGAAACUUUUCGUCGAUGACGACGAGCUCCCAGAAAUGAAACUGGGAAGUGGAUCUGCAACAUAUGUCGAUUUUUAUGCAACAGUAAGUCAAGGAACUGUAAAAUUGUGGUCGGAGGUCCAGGAGAGCAAGUUUGCAUUAGACAAGGGUUGGAAAAUCGGUAAGGUGACAGUGUUGGGAUUGAGUGGAAGGGGAGUUCCAUCUUCCCUUUUGGUUGAUGGGAAGCCACCGACUGGUGCUUCAAACAUCGAGUUGAGCACAUUGGAGCAGAAAUAUAUUACGGACCAAGAAGUUGGUGGUGAAAAGAAGAGGAGUAUGAUGGUAGAAGUUAAUGGUUUAGAAAUUCCUGUUGGCAAAAACUUUGCUAUGUCCUGGAAAAUUGGGAUCAGCGGUUGA